UAUUAAUUGGUUUUCUUCCAUUAUGCAUUUUUUCCCUUUACUGUCUAGCUGAUUGUAAAAUCAGCAAAAUGCUUAUUAAUUCCUUCUGCUGAUUGUAUCAGCAAUAAUGCACAUUCAGCAACUUGUCUCAGGGGAAUGUCUGGGUAGGCACCCGUGAAGUGAUGAUGCUACUUCUCGGCACUGGUUUCUAAAAAUAGAACUCUGCUGAGUUUACUGCAGUGUGACCCUCCCAAAUAAAUAGGAACCUUCUCUCCACCAGAAGCCUCAGAUCAACUUUGAAGUUAAACUUGCUGUGAGAGUUUAACGACAAGCUCUAGCCAGAAUGAACCCCUGCGCUGCCAUUCUCCUGGUCUCUCUGCUGCUGAUCGGUCACUCUGCUGAUGCGGCUAUCCUAGAAGCCAAUGGUUCCUAUCAGAACUGCAGAUGCAUGAAGCACACUUCAGACUUCAUACAUCCGAAGAAAUAUGAAAGUAUUGAGAUCAUUCCUCUUGGGGGGGCCUGCCGAACCACAGAAAUUAUACUCAAACUAAAAAAAGGGCCCAAAGUGUGUGUGAAUCCCAACGCCCCCUGGAUGAAGAAAGUGUUGUCUAACCUACAGAGCCAAAGGGAACAAAGAGCUUUUCCGCAAAAUGAAUAGAAGCUUAUACAACUUUUGAAGGAAAAACGAUGGACACAAACCUGAUAC